AACGUUAAACGAGUCAAGAGACUGUACAUGCUGCCAACUCACAUUCACUGAAACAGAGCACCAGAGCACAGAUACUCCAAACCCAGUUACGCAAAUCCAUUGAUGCGAGAGAUGCUCCUCGGCUCAGUCUUCAGCCAAGAGGAGUGAAGGGCUUCAGAAAAGACAAAGUGGAGCUCAUCUUGUAAGAGAAGAUGAAUCAGAGUCUUACCUGCUGUAAGUGAGGCUGAAAUGUAGUGCAGAGGUGGUGCAGCAGCGGUGGCAGCACAAUUGCAGAUUUCCAGUGAAUGCAUCCUCCUCCCCAGUGACACAAAAGGGACCGAUGGUAUAAAAGAAGUGUAUGUUCCCCUCAGCAUUCACACUUCACUUCACCUCUCCUUCAGGUCCUCGUCGUUCAGCUUUUCAGUCUCAGGUGUGUCGGUAAGAUCAGGAGCGAAGAUGACUUUCUACGAUGACAUUUACCCAUUCUACAUCUUACAAAGGACCUCCUUCAUCUUCAGUGGCCGCUUGCUCACCAUUAUUCUGGUCUUCCUUGUGCUAGCAGUCAGUCUUCUUCUCAUUCUGCCAGGGAUACGAGGGAAGUCGAGGCUGUUCUGGAUGUUCAGAAUAAUUAUCAGCUUGUUCAUAGGUGUGGUGAUAGUGGCGCUCAACUUCACCAACGACUGGGCCGAGGCCAGAAUGACCACUAAUGCCACCUACAAGUCUUUCAGCAACGCAGUGGUUAACGCUGAGAUCGGCUUGCACGUUGGACUCUAUGGCAUUAAUGUUACACUGAAAGGGAAGCCUGUCAUACAGUUCAAUGAGACCAUUGACUACAAUGAGAUGUUCAGCUGGCAUGACUCCAUUGAAGAAGAAUAUGAGGAGGCUCUGGAGAAAGGUUUACCCAACCCCAUCCUGUACAUCGCUGAGAAAUUCACCCUGAGAAGCCCUUGUGGACUCAUCUAUCAGUACAGAUACUCUGGACGAUACGCCUCUGCAACCCUCUGGACAGCGUUUUGCUGCUGGUUGCUCGCCAACAUCCUCUUCUGCAUGCCGGUCAUUCUGUACGCCGGGUACAUGAUGUUGGCCACCGCUGCCUUCAUCUUCUUCUCCAUGGCCUCAUUCUCCACCAUCAUGAACGUGCCACAGUGUGUUUUCUCCAUUGGAGCCGACUCCUUUGAAACUGAGUACAGCCAUUCAUUCUGGCUGGCUCUGGCUACAGGUGUGCUGUGCACCAUUAUCGGGAUUCUGGUGGUGAUGCUUAACUUUUUUGUGCCGGAGAAGAUUAAGGAGGCCUUCAGCGUCGGCGUCGACAGUUAUGAGGAUGAAGACGUUUCUUACGGGGAAGGCUACCUGAAUACAGUUUUCCUUGAUGGAGUGACGAUUUCCCCAACAACAUCAAAAGUCACAGCGGAACAUAUAUGAAGUCUUCCGCGAGCUUUUCCAGCCAAUACUUGAAGAUUUUUUUCUCUGAAUGUGUUACAGAUGUAGUAUCAAAUUUCAAACCAGUUUUAAUUAACUAUGUGAGCCUGUAAGUUUUAUGUGUUAUUGGUGGUUUAACUGUAAAUAGUUGUGUAUUUGUGAAGUUCACUGUCAUAGUGCAGUAGUUUGUAAGUUGUAUGGGAUCCAUACAAUGUGUAUAUACACUGAUCAAUAUCUGUUAGGGGUCUGUCAUUGUUAAACUCUUUUUUUCAUUGGAAAUGAAAGAUGAGACAUAAUAAUUCUUAAUCUGAUGUCUGAUUACGUUGACGUUUAAUGCAAUGCCGGCACAGCGUCACCAUGACAACAGCCCUUGGUGUAAUUUAUGCACAGAUUCUGAGCGGCGUCAGUGAGCUUCUGAGAGGCAAAUAAAUGUGAAAAACACAAACAAGGAAGUAUGAAAACCAGACUGCUUGGAUAAUUGAUUUAUCUCUAAUCCAGGCAAAUGAACGUCAUGUCUGUUUGUACUUUCUGUAGUAACACCUCAAUAAAAUGAAACAAACAACAA